AUGGCGCUGCCACUGUUCAGCAUGCGUGCCUGGCUGGCUGUGGCCUGCGGUCUUCUCAUGUUGAGUACCGUCACUUCGGGCAUGUCCUUUACGCUCAAGGGCGAUAGCGCCAAGUGUCUGCAAGAGGAUGUUGAGAAGGAUGUUCUUGUCGUUGGCAACUACAAGAUCUCUUCCAACGAGAACGUCGACGUCACCCUGGAGGUCAACGAUGCCCAACAUACCGAUGUUGAGAUUACCCUCACCGUCAAGAUGGGCGCCGAAGCACGCUCAUACCAGGAGCUGGGCAAGGCUGAAAAGCUCAAGCCUAUGGAGCUCUCUUUGCGCAAGCUCGAAGACAUGAGCAACCAGGUUCUCACGUCGUUCCAGCACCUCAAAGAGCUUGAGGCCUCUCAUCGUGAUACCAAUGAACAAACUGCUGAACGCAUGCUUUAUUUUAGCAUCUUCUCCAUGGUGGUCCUAGUCGUGCUUGCCGUGGGCCAGAUUGUUUACCUCCGCCGCUACUUUCAACAAAAAAAGCUGAUCUAAUGUGGUUCCGUGGCGACUGUCUCCGUGGCAUGCUUUUCUCACAUCAAGACAGGGCUAUGCGUCAUUUUCAAUCUGAAAAGCCUGGCACAUCCUUUUGGCCCUUGAGCGUCUCGUCAUUGUCUUUUUAUGUAUGGAGACAACAUGCGACCAUGGCGUGCUGCAUACGUUUACAACACAUUGGCACGAAUGACCAGGCCCUUUCUUUGCGCUGUCAGCUUGAUCAAUGCCGCAAAAGGCAGUUUUCAAGAACAGGAUCAUCAUUUGAGAUCAAAUCGAGGUUUUUUUUUUC